CGGUUCGGCUUCGGCUCGGCUCCGUCCCGGCCCUCGUGAGCGUCGGAAAAGCCUCCUGCUGCUCCGCCAUGGAGCAACAAGAAGAACUAUUGAAGGGGGCCGAGAGGCUAGCGAAACGCAUGUCGGUCUACCAGCAGGAGCUGGCCCCGGACAUCACCGCAAACGCCAAAUAUGCCGCGGAUGCCAAGGAGGCCCUGAUCAACGAGUGUGAGGAACUCUGGAAACAGAUGGAAGAAUGUCAGAAUAAGUUAAGCUCCCUUGGACCCGAAACUCUCACCGAUUCAGAUGCUCAGCUCUCAUUAUUAAUUCUGCGAGUUAAAGGUCUGACCGCCGAACGCAAUCAAUGGCAGAAAAGGACUCCCGAAAUAGUCCCAAACAAUCAAGAUAUCCUCUCAGCCUUAGGGAAGGAAGAGCUGCAAAAGUUAGACCAGGAUCUUGAAAUGGUGCUGUCUGCAGUUCAGGCCCAGAACAUGAAGCUGAAGGAAGAUCUGAGGAGAGAGCAGCAGUGGCUGAAUGAGCAGGAGCAGCUAGUAGAGUCUCUUAAGGUGGCACACGAUGAGCUGAAAACCCAAGAGGUUCACUUUUCGGAACAAAGAGCCGUUCGGGAACUGAAAAGUAAGAUGAUUAAAAUCAAAGCGUAUAAGGAGGAACUACUGAGCGCCUUGGGCGAAUUUCUGGACAAUCACUUCCCUCUCCCUGAAGAAGAUGAAAAUGUCAAAAAGAAGAAAAAGAAAAAGCUUGCAGAACCAACCGUACAGCUAAUAACGCUGCAUGAAAUUUUAGAGAUUCUCAUAAGCAAAUUACUGACCACCCCGCACGAGCCGUACGUGGCAAUUGCCGAGUCCUUUUGGCCCCCUUACAUCGAGCUGCUGCUGCGGAGUGGGAUUGCGCUGAGGCACCCGGAGGAUCCUAAUCGAAUUCGCUUAGAAGCCUUCCACCAGUGAAAAGGCCCCCGUGCCCACUUUCCGCAGAGCACCUGGGAACUGGGCUGCCUUGCUGUGAGGAGACCCCCGGCCCAAACACCGUCCUGGA